CAUGAAGAUUGUGCAGAGUAACCAGUUGGUGAAGAUCCCAGAAGGACUUUCCGGGUCAGUUAAAGCCCGCAAAGUUACAAUCAAGGGACCCAGGGGCACGCUCACACGCAGCUUUCGUCAUUUGGCUGUUGACAUCAGUAUGAUCAGUAAAAACACCAUUAAAGUUGAGAAGUGGUUUGGCAAACACAAGGAAUUGGCUGCCGUCAGGACCGUCUGCAGCCAUAUUGAAAACAUGAUGAAAGGUGUUACUAAGGGUUACCUGUACAAAAUGAGAUCCGUAUAUGCUCAUUUCCCAAUCAACAUUGCCAUCCUUGAAGGUGGAACUGCUGUGGAGGUGAGGAACUUUCUUGGUGAGAAGUACACUCGUAGAGUCAACAUGUUGCCAGGUGUGACAUUCUCCACCUCUCCUACCAUGAAGGAUGAGUUCUUCAUCCAGGGAAAUGACAUUGAACUUGUGUCACGAUCAGCUGCACUGGUUCAACAGUCCACUACAGUUAAAAACAAGGACAUCAGGAAGUUCUUGGAUGGGAUCUACGUUUCUGAGAAGACAAAUGUUGUGACAGAAUAAAGGGACUGUACAGAUCGCUAAAUUAAAAAAAAAGAAAAAACA